AACUGACAAUAAGGCUUUGUGGUGACAGUAGCAUAGAGGCAAAGCAUGUCGAAGAGAUCCUUGCAAUCCCAAGAUGCUCGAGCACUUGCCAAGUUCUUGUUCUUUAAUUAGUAGUUGAAUAUUGAGUAUUGAGGUUAUUUUUACUUGUUAAAUUGAUAAAAUUGUGUUGGGUUUUUAGGCAAAAUAUUUUUGGUGGCUUAAUUAAUUCGUUAUAGUAUUGGACGGAAACAUACUUGUACACUUUUAUUCAGGAGAUAUAUGAUGAAGAUUAUUUUGAAAAUGAUGGAGAAAACAUGAGACCUUGUUGACUAACAACGCAAACAUAACUCAAAAUCAAACUAAGACCAAAUAAAGCUAUAACCAUGUAUACAAUAACAUCAAACAGUCCUAUUAUUUAUAAUUAGUUUAAAACUUUCGAAUCAUUAAAAUAGUGUACUAUCUUAUGUCAGUCUUAUAUUACUUUUCUCUGGAAUAAGUUACUCAAGUUAAUGUUUUACUAAUCAGUCUUAUAUUUAGUUAGACCUAGAGAAUCGUUAAAAUUCCAAGCCAAUUUAGUAACAACAAAAAGCACUAGUCGACGCUUACUAAAGUGCGAGACGUCAGAAUUUUCAUUUAAAAUACACAAAUAUUUCAAGAAUCAAGAUUCCCAAUUUUAUAGCCAACCAAAGAUGACUCAACCUGAACGAAUAAUAGAAAAAGGUAAAAACUAACACAAAAGUACAAUAAGACGUUUGCAUAGACAUGAGAUUCAGUGCGUUUAUGCGUGUGUGUUGUGUAUAUAAGAAAUCCUCAGUUUGUUCUGCUUGGAACUGCAAAAUAUUAUAUUUUUCUUCUGUUUUCUUUUCUGCUUCAUCCUUUAAAACCAAGAUCUUGUUUCUGCAACCAAACAUGAACAGCGAAGUCUCUGAGCCGAUUCAUAUUUGUUUUUUCCCCUUCAUGGCUCAGGGCCACAUGAUACCAACCCUAGACAUGGCCAAGCUUUUCUCCAGCAGAGGAGCCAAAUCAACCAUCAUCACAACCCCAAUUAACUCUAAGAUCUUUGAGAAACAAACUGAAGCAUUCAAAAAUCAAAACCCUGAUCUCGAAAUCGGAAUCAAGAUCUUCCACUUCCCUUGUGUACAGCUUGGUUUGCCUGAAGGGUGCGAGAACGUUGACUUCAUCAACUCAUACCAAAAACCUAACGCAGGUGACUUGUCCUUAAAGUUUCUUUUCGCUACCAAGUAUAUGAAACAGCAGUUGGAGAGUUUCAUCGAAACAACGAAACCGAGCUGUCUCGUGGCCGAUAUGUUCUUCACGGAAAAGUUCGGUGUGCCAAGACUUGUGUUCCACGGCACAUCGUUCUUUUCCUUAUGUUGUUCUUAUAACAUGAGGAUUCAUAAGCCUCAUAAGAAAGUAUCUACGCGUUCUACACCAUUUGUGAUCCCUGGUCUCCCCGGGAACAUAGUUAUGACAUUGCAGCAAGCUAAUGUUAGCAACGACGAAACUCCAAGGGGAAAGUUUAUGAAAGAGGUCAGAGAAUCGGAGUCUGUUAGCUUUGGUGUUUUGGUGAAUAGCUUCUACAAGCUGGAAUCAACUUACGCUGACUUUUACCGUGGUUUCGUUGCGAAAAGAGCUUGGCACAUCGGUCCGCUUUCGCUCUGCAACGUAGAUCUUGCUGAGAAAGCUGGAAGAGGGAAAAAAGCAAACGUUGAUGAGCAAGAAUGCCUGAGAUGGCUCGAGUCUAAGGCAACUGGUUCAGUGGUUUACAUGUCGUUUGGCAGCGGAACUAGCUUCACCAACGAGCAGCUGUUAGAGAUCGCCGCCGGUCUUGAAGGGUCUGGUCAAAAUUUCAUUUGGGUGGUUAGGAAAAACGAAAACCAAGGUGAAAAUGAGGAGUGGCUGCCUGAAGGUUUUGAGGAGAGAACAAAAGGGAAAGGGCUGAUCAUACGUGGGUGGGCCCCGCAGGUGCUGAUACUUGACCACAAAGCGGUUGGAGGAUUUGUGACGCACUGUGGAUGGAACUCGGUUAUGGAGGGCAUUGCUGCGGGGUUACCUAUGGUGACUUGGCCGAUGGGCGCGGAACAGUUUUACAACGAGAAGCUAUUGACAAUGGUGUUGAAAACAGGAGUGAAUGUAGGAGCUACAGAGUUGGUGAAAAGGGGAAAGUUGAUUAGUAGAGAGGAAGUGGAGAAGGCAGUGAGAGAAGUGAUAGUUGGGGAAGAGGCAGAGGAAAGGCGGAAACGGGCAAAAAAGCUAGGCGAAAUGGCCAAAGCAGCUGUUGAGGAAGGAGGGUCUUCUUAUAAUGAUUUGAACAAGUUCAUGGAAGAGGUGAACGGUAGAAAGUAGAAGAAAACUGAACAUAUUUCAUGUUUCUUUUUAACAUGUUUCAUGCUGUGAGAUGGAUUUUUUUUACUUGGUUAGCUUUAGCUACGACCCCCUUAAGUCAGUCGUAUAAAGUUCAUGAAAUGUAUUUGGUACAUUUAUGUAUCUGCUUUGAGAUCAAAUUUCUCGUUAUGCAUACAA